AUGGACGAUGAAGGAAUGCUUGCUGAAGGAGGAGAUUCAAUAGAAGGGAUUGAAGAACAACUAAUAAACCUUAGGUGUCCUGACCUAUCUCAUUUCAAAUGGUACAAAGAUACCUUCUUUUCCCUUAUAUUUGUCAGGGAAGACAACCAAUAUGAUUUCUGGAAAGAAAAAUUUCUUUCUGGAUUGCCCUCGUUAUUUGCUGAACGAGUCAAAAAACAAAUACGAGAUAAACAUGACAAUACCUUACCAUACAAUCAAUAUACUUUUGGUGAAUUAGCUUCUGAAGUUGUCACUGCAGGAUUAACACUCUGCAAUGAACUUAGACUUCAACGCCAAUUACACAAAGAACGAAUCACGGGUAAAAGAAUACUCGGUGAUUUCUGUGAACAGUAUGGUUUACCACCAGUAACUUUUCCUAAUAAAGGCAAAGUUAAAAAACUGGGGAGAGAGAGUAAGAGAAGGUUUAAAAAACACAAAAACUUUUACCCUCGACAAGAAAAACGGUAUAAAAAGCCUGUUAGAAAUAAAUAUGGAACAUCUCCUAAAAGGAAGAAAAGAGUAACAAAAGAGACUAAUGUAGUCUGCUACAAAUGUGGAAAAACUGGUCAUUACGCUAAUAAGUGUAGAGUCAAACAACAAAUUCAAGCCUUAGAAAUUAAUGAUAAUCUUAAAGAUUCAUUAAUUAAAAUCCUCUUAAAUGAGUCUGAUUCAGAAAAAGAUUUAGAAGUCAAUGCAUUAGACUAUACUUCUGAAGAAUCUUCUACUGAGUUCUACAAUUGA